AUGCUACAAAGCGACUCCAUAAAUUCCGUAAUAGAUAUAACUUUUCAAGCGAUGCAAAGCGGAUCCACGAGAAAACAUACCACUCGCAUGCCUCCCCCAUCAGUAGUAUCACCGUCACACCGGCAAAAUAGAACGAACACAAAUCGUGACAACAUUCCAGUAGGCCGAAGUACUUUGGAGAAUCCACGGUUGUUUCUAGGACACGUGGCGUCAGUCUUCCCAGACCAUUACACUGCGGCGUUAACUGGGUCGACCGGACCCUAA